AUGGCUCGAAAACUUCAGCUUUUAGCAAUUAUUACUAGUAUUUUAAUAGGUAUUUUUGCAUAUUUAUAUCAUGUACCAAAUAGUGAAGGUGUUCCACAAAUGGAUCGUAUUCGUUUACUUAGUGCUUCAAUGAAAAUCAUUAGUUUUGUUGGUCUAGUAUCUGAAACAUUUGGUUUUGCUCCAGCAUGGUACGUGCAACGUAAUAGUGGUGUAAUCUUAAAGAAAUUGAAACCAACUGAAGUUAAUGUUAAUUUGAAAAUAGAAGAUACAACAAUUGAUGGUGUACCUGUUCGUAUCUACUCUCCACUUGAUUUAAAAGAUGAUAAGGCAAAAUUGUUUCCAGCAAUUAUUUUUUUUCAUGGAGGAGCAUUUUAUAUGGGUUCAAUUGAAACUCAUCAUUCAGUAACACGUGAAUUAGCUCUUCAAACGCGUUUUAUUGUCAUUUCUGUUGGAUAUCGUCUUGCGCCUGAACAUCCUUUUCCAGCUGGACUUGAUGAUUGUAUUAAAGUAACUCAAUAUGUUCUCGAUACAAAUAGUGCAGAGAAAUUAAAUAUUGAUUCAAAACGUGUUGCUAUUUCAGGCGACUCAGCUGGUGGAAAUCUAGCUGCUGUUACUGCAAUGCGAUUCGCCAAUAAUUCAAAUACGCCUCGUCUCCAAAUGUUAAUAUAUCCUGUCCUUCAAUUCUUUGAUUUUAUGGUUCCUUCAUAUCUAACACCUGCAUUACAUAUUUUUCAUUUUGGAAGAGGUGGUCUCGUUCUUGAAUUAUACAUAAACAAAAGUAUCAGUGAGGAUAUAAUUCUUAAUAAUCAUACUAGUAUUGAACAAAAAAACCAAUAUCGUCGAUUUGUUGAUUGGUCAUUAAUUCCAAAUGAAUAUCGACAAAUAUACAAAAAACCAAUAACUGAUAAUAUCGAUGGCAAUCCUAAACUUAUAGAAAAUGCAAAACAAGUAUUACAUCCAGAUCUAUCACCAUUGUUAGUUGAAAAUGAAGAAUUAUCAAAAUUACCAUCAACAUAUAUACUUACAGUUGAUCAUGAUCGAUUAAGAGAUGAAAGUUUUAUAUACGCAGCUCGUUUGAAAACUAAUGGAGUCGAUGUAGUACAUCGUCAUUAUGAAAAUACUUUUCAUGGAUCACUAACUUUCUUAGAUGGAUUAUUUGAGUUAGAUAUUGCUCAUCGAAUGCUCAAUGAUAUUGUUGAAUAUCUCAAAGAGAAGCUUUAA